AUAAGUCUGUGCCUAGAUUGUGAAAGAGCUCCCCGAGUAUUUUUGGCUCAGUACAAGACACUUCGCGAGUUUGAUAUGACGGCGUGGAUCUUUUUGGUUUUCAUUUUAUUGGACCUGCUGUCAGCUUCAAAUGAAUCCUUAGUGGAUUUCCUGGCUGGAAAUGGAAAGAAGUUCGUUUGUGUGCACUCAAGUUUGACUGAUCCAUAUCUGUCCAAGAUGAUGGAACGCGAGCUUUUCCACGAAAUGAGAGUGUAUGUAACAUGGAGCAAAGGCAUUCAAGUGUGUUCCAAGACCAACUUUGACGUGUUUAUUACGGACAAUUCUUUGGCAAAUAUGGAAAACAUCAAAGCGCAAUUGCAUGAUCUCAAAAUACAAUCUUCAAUGAUUUUUGUGCUUGGAUCCUUGCAAGAGACUUUGGAGUGCAUUCGGAACAAUUUGAACCAUUAUAACGCGUCGAGCUUUUUCUAUUUGGGACUUGGAAAUUCUUCUUCGAAUGUAGAUUACUACCAAGUGAUCACGUUCCCUUUGAGCAACACCCAAGUGCUUCAGAAACUAGAAUUAGAUGCCAAUUCAAAGAUUCUUGAACAGUAUGAUCUCCAAGGGGUAGAGAUCACUUCUCAGUCUCUUGAUUGGCACCCAUAUACGAUCUUUGAACCGAAUGGAACAAGCUAUGGUCAUCUCAUUGACAUGACUCAUCAUUUGGCUCGGCUCUUUAACUUCACCCUUCGUUCCAUCAAAGAACCCAAAAAUGAUUGGGGUCUUCAAUCACAAUACCUCAAAAACAUUACCGGGGUUUUAGGGAACGUGAUCCAAGGAAAAGUGGAUUUGAGUUUGAGCCUCUGGAUUUGGAACCUGGAGCGUAGCUCAGUGGUAGAUUUUUCCAUUGUGGCAAGCGAUUGGGAGCAAUUGUGCUUUGUUCCACAGAUGCCUAAAGUGGAUCCAACCCUGUUCCUUAGGCCCUUCACUACAGAUUCUUGGAUCGCAGUUGGCCUAACCUUCCUGAUAAUUGUGGUUUGUGCAUUGGUACCCCUGACCAUUCAGUCCUUCAAUCAAACACACAGCUUUAUGAUCAUCUCAACCUCUGGAUGGUAUUUUUUCGUACUCUUGAAUGCCUUCUACGGAGGGGCUUUAACUAUGUUUUUCGCCAACGAACCGUCCAUUCCAUUCUCCACUGUCAAGGAUGUUGUGGAGGCUUUCCCGUCUUGGAACGUCAAGAUUCGAGAAGGGAACGAAAUAUUUAUUUUGGCCAAUGCCUCUCCACAGAGACCCGAAUUUCAAACUCUUUAUAAUCGAGUUGUUGGCAAUCCGGAGGAGAACUUAUUCGACACCUAUGACGACAUCAUGAAUCAAGCCCGGCUCAAACAAGUCGUGUUCCACACGUUUGCCCGACCUUUCUUUGCUUUCCUCAAAGAAAACCCGCAACACAAGGCCAACUUGAGGGUCUUUGCCAAAGAAAAGCCCCAAGGGGAAGGGAUAAUAUUUGGCAAAAAUUCGCCCCUGGUUCCAAUAUUCAAUCUGGGCAUCCAGAGGCUCAAAGAGAAUGGAGCAAUGGACUUCUUGGCCAAGAAAUGGGAGGGAUCAUUCCAAGAGCAACGUUUCGAAAUGGACGUUAUGGUUUUGUCGGGUGGUCAAGUCAUCUUGGUGUACAUUCUCAUGGGAGCCGGCUACACCUUGGGUUUGACAUUUCUUUUGAUGGAAUGUCUUUGGACCAAAUAUAAUGGCGGGUCCCAAAAGCCUUGAGCGGUAUUGGCGGUGAAGCUCGUGGAGCUUGGACCGCAAAUAGAGCUCCUUCAGUGGGUGGACCUCGUUCCACGUUUGUAGCACAAUUGGUCGAAAGGAAAUUGUCCUUGGAUAGCUGAAGAGCAUCCAGGGAACGGCUCUUCUGGACUUGUAGCGCCGGUUUUGGAACCAAAUCUUCACCUGAGUGUCUGUCAGCCCCAAGGACGUGGCUAAUUCGUGGCGCUCAUUUCCAGUUAGAUACCUAGAAAAGAUCGUGGUUGCUUGUCAUUUUGCUUCAUGAAUUUUAAUCCUUAUGUUUCUUUAGAUAUUGCGUGUCAAUAAUCUUGUCCUUCAGUUAGUCAAAUAGUCAAUAAUCCAAUUCACCUUUCGUGAGGUUCAAAAUGUACUACUCAA